AUGUGUCUUUCUGAACAAGAGGCUAAAAGAAGCUAUGGAUUAGCUUCUUCAGCGUUCCAACAACAGCUUCUCUUCCACUCCUUCCUUUCAAAAGUAUCAUAUGAGCUUCGAUUUCCUAAAACCAUCUCCUUUGAGCAACGGAGACUCACCAGCUUCCCAAACCCAAACGCAAACCCUAACAAGACCUCUCUGAUCAUAGGUAUGUGCAAAACCCACAGAGGCAAUGCAGGGCUAAUGCUGGACAGCGGCGGUGAUGGGCUCGCGAUAUCUGAGCUCGGGAAAUCUCCGGAGAUUGUCAAAGCUUUGAGUGGUAGAGGAAUCGAUAAACUCUUUCCUAUUCAGAAAGCUGUGCUUGAGCCGGCGAUGCAAGGCCGUGACAUGAUCGGACGUGCUAGGACUGGAACUGGAAAGACGCUUGCUUUUGGGAUUCCAAUCAUUGACAAAAUCAUCAAAUUCAACGCUAAACAUGGGCGUGGAAAGAAUCCUCUUUGCUUGGUUUUAGCUCCAACGAGAGAGCUUGCUCGUCAGGUUGAGAAGGAGUUUACAGAGUCUGCUCCAAGCUUGGAUACAAUUGGUCUAUAUGGAGGUACACCAUUCGGACAGCAAAUGUUUGUUAGUGUGCUAAAUCGGUACGUACGAAGAAGAAAGAAGACCGGUCAAGCAAACUCGGAUGACGUGUAA